CCUCUUCUUUCAGCCCAAUCUCCAUCUACUUGCCCUUUCAAUGUGCCAUUUGAUUUUGAAAGUGCAGCGCAGUUAGGAUGCUUUCAGACUAUUGCCUCGCCAUCGACUGGAACGAUAAGCCUUUCUAACCAUAAAAAGACUGUGAAAUACGGAUCAUCAUCUCUGAGAUGGGUAACCACUGGCGCAUCAACGUUGCAGUUAAGAUCGUCAACGUUUACCAUUCCUAACAGUUGUCUGAGAAAUGGGGGCGUGAAAGUCUGGAUCUACAAAGGAUCGACGUCAGGACAUACAUUGCAAGUGGAAUUCAAAAAUUCUUCUACCACUGUUGGAGGUUUUACAGCAAAUGACUUUGAAGGAUGGCGUGGGAUUUGGGUAACGUUUGCAGAAUCCAAGACACAAAGUAAUAGCUUACAAAGCCCAGCUGUUAUCGAUGAGGUCAACUUUAUCGGAAACGGAGCUCAAACUGUUUAUAUAGACAAGCUCGAGUUCAAUUGUAAUAUUAGAAAGCAAUCACGGGACAAAAUAGUUCCUCCCAUCAGUCCAUUUGGUGAGGAUUUGUACGACAACUCAGAUUUUUGGCAACAGACUUAUAGGUGGGGUGCCACAAGAGUCCCUGACCCACCUACUACUAUUGAAACACAAAAAAGAAACCAUUUGGAUCAUAUCAAAAGCCGGCUAAAGAACUGGUAUUCGGAUGAGACUGUAACGUCGCCUAAUUACCUUAGUCGCAGCCCGGCUCUAGAAAAACGAUGGAGUGAUCUUGUAAGAAAAUUCAAGAGAGCACAUGAUGGGUACGAUAACUUAAGCUUUGAUUCGGUAACUGGAGACAUUGUAGGACCUCCUUUGUUUUGCAGAAAUUGUGAGCCUAGAACAAAGUUUGGAGAUAUCAUGAUUAAAAAUCUUUUACCAUUAGCACUAGAAUACCAUCUAUGCUCUCGUCCGAAUGAGAUUACAGAUGUUGCCACAGAACAGCAGUCAGAGUUAAACAAUGGAGGUAGAAGGAGAACAAGAGCGAUAAAGACCAUUGCAGGAAAAAACGCCAAUAUGAAGGCAUUUUUUGAGUCGAGCCUGCCUAGCUCUUCUACGCUGACUGUGGAUCAAAUAAAAACUGCAAUAGAAACCCUUAACAGCCAUCGGCUGAGUAGGAUAAACAAGCUUCUUGAUUUUGUUAAAGAUCAAGGAUUUACAGAUGGUAGUGGAUUAGGAUCCCUGGACCAUGAAAUGAACCUUGAUGGUGCUGGGUUCAUGCACUCUCUGUUUCUCCUCAGUGAAUCGUUGAGUAGAAGCACAUUGAUGGAUUUGAUAAAUACAGCAAAGUGGUUCAACGACUUUGGAGAGAUCUAUCAAACGCCAACUUUUGAAUUUCAAGGAACAACUGCUGACCGUAUGAUCACGCUAAUGCUUUAUAGACUUAUUAUUGUGCUUGUGAUGCCGACUGAUACCGAUGACGCCAUCAAAGAAAAAAUCCGUGAUAUGGAUGCCUUAAUUCGGUGGCAGAAUAAUGCGUUAUCUAUCAAUAAAGGUCUUGGAGGACUAAUAAAGCCAGACUACUUGGUAUAUCACCAUAAAUCGUUUUAUGGAUCAGCCUACGGCCCACCAGCCCUUCAAAAUGCAGCUCUAGUUCAAUAUCUUCUGGGAGGGACUGUGUUCGCCCUAUCUUCAACAAGCGAGAACCAUAUCAAAGGAGGACUAGAAGCACUGCGACUCAUGGCAGUCAAAUACUCCACUCCACCCAGUGUAAGCGGACGUUACCCAGAAUACUCGAACAAGGUUCUCGUGAAGAAUCUACCGGCAUAUGCUUACAUCAGUGUGGCUUAUCCUACUACUUUACCGACUUCAGUGCCAACAGGUGUAAGUGUAAGCAGUUUGAAUAAUCCAGAAUGGUUCCUGAGGUUGUACAAUGACACAUCUGUCGAAAGUUUUCUAGAAGAUGGAGCACCGAACAAAAAUAAGUACUAUUUUAACAGUCUGGGAUCUCUGCAAAUAAUGGAAGCGGUAAGUAUCGUUCCCCUUUAAAAAUGGAACUUAUUGAUGUUCAUUAUUAAUUGGCGAUGACCCUCUUUGCUAUAAAACAUGAUGCCAACAGCACCAUCCGUGCUUUGCAUACACCAUUGUCCGUCACAAAAAAUGAAAUAAAUGAAAUAAGAAAGAUGGUGAAAUUGGAGCUUGGUUAAGAAACAGAGAAAUAUGUUUUUUGUCUUCUAACGAGCGUGGUACAAAGAAUAAAUUCUGAGUCCUCAUGAGGAAUCGAACCUCAGACCCAUAGAUGCCGCGCUCCGAUGCUCUACCACUGACCCACAUACUCUAUGGUGACCAAGGCCCAUUACGAAGUUCUUAUAUCGCACGCGUCCUGCAAACUGCCAGGAUCAACAAUGUCGAUAGUGUCAUAUGUUGGAAAAUAAAAUAAGAAAGAUGGUUAAUAUUGAACUCGGUGAAGAAAUCGAAAAAAACUAAAAUAGAUUUUAAAAAAAUGAAAUGUAGCGUAACAAUCAAAUUGAAUUUCCAUGAAGCAUUCGUCACUCAAAAUGAAACAUGCUCAAAAUGUUAUUUUAGUCUGCUUUUACGUUAAUAGGUGAAUUCCACUGCCGUGUCACAAGGCAAAUCACAAGAGCAGUCCCCUGAAGGUCAUUGGUCCAAGAACUUCGCCGCUCUUUCCAUACAUCGGCGUAAGAACUGGGCAGUGACUGUAAAAGGUUUCAAUAACUUUGUCUGGGAUUAUGAAACCUCAGCGAACGAAAAUGUGUUUGGAUUAUUUGCCAGUCAUGGUGCUCUCCUUAUCGCAAAUGACGAAGCAGCCCUUCAGCAUCAUGAUAUUGAUACCGGAUGGGAUUGGUCCAAAAUUCCCGGGGCUACUACUAUCGCCUUGGGGAAUCCAAACAUAGAUGAAUUAAAUAUAGGCACAACCGGGAGAUUCUACAUUAAACGCAGAUUUGCGGGAGGACUCACUUUUGGGGGCACUAUGACCUCGAAGAACGGACUGUUUGGCAUGAAUUUUAGGCAACCGGAAUAUGAUGUCUCGGACUGGCGAGGGAACAUCAGAUUUCAAUUCAAAAAGUCAGUUUUCAUGUUUGAAAACCUUUUAGUUGGCUUGGGAAGUGAUAUUUUACUUCAAAGAAAUAACAUGAAAAUUGCUCAAACAACAUUAUUUCAAGACAAGCUUUCUUCCUCGCAGUUUAUCAAGGUUGAUGGAUCACGAAAGGAAGCUUCGUCUAAUUAUAAUCACGUCCCAUCGACGUCCUCCAGUACUUCUCUUACAGAUGCAAAAGGAAACUUCUAUUACAUACCUAGGACCAGUAGUCCAAUAUUAAAGGUAAAUGUCUCAACUCAGACCUCCAAAAAAGAUGAUGGAAGUACUAGCACAUCUGGAAAGUAUGGUACGGCGUGGUUUGAACAUAGUUCGGCUAACCCCAGCUACGAGUAUGCUGUCUUGAUACCGACUGCAUCUUAUCAUACGCAACUGAGUGACCUCCAAACGGCCCAAGACACCGCAGGUAACAAGGUCUACAAAGUCUUGAGGAUGGAUGAUCGCGCACACAUUGUUCAAUUUCUCAAAUCACCCAAGUCUUGGUCAGGCCUCAGUCAUCCAGUUACAGGUUACGUCAUGUUUAGAAGUGUGAGCUCUUUGCCAAGUGAUGGGCCAAUAACAGAUGUGAGUUCCGGAAAGUGUCUUAUAAUGGUGGAGGAAACAGCGCAAUUCAUCCAUCUCGCGAUCACCUAUCCCGACUUAGCUUUGAGUGGUGCAGGUACUCUGACAGAUUCAAGAGAUGUGGGAACAAGUUUGCUGUACACCUCUGAAAGUACAGAAAACAUUGUAUCAGUAACGCUCAGGAAUCAAGUACAAACAACUGUUGCCGAUACCAAAGUCCAUGGUACACCUGCAAGUUACACACCUAACGUGGAUAUAAGUGGCCAAACCGUUCACUUUAGAAAUUUGAAAAAUGGGUUUAGUGUCGAAGUGAAACUGACGAGGAUAUAG